AUGGAACUCUUAAUCAAAUUGGACAAUGGAGUUAAAUCUGGUAAAAACAGCACAACGUUGUUUAUCAAAGUUUUGCCAGAGACACAAAACAUGCAGAUGGUGGCAGAAUUUGUUGAACACUAUUUGGCAAAAGUACAAAUACCUUGGGUCCAAUAUAGCGAGAGUUGUAAGAAGUUGAUUUUGUCAUCAGCAGCAGCGAAACUUUCCGAAGAGGCUAAUGCUAUUUUAAAAUCUAAAUCAUAUUCAAACUGUAUUGAAGAACGUUUGGUGGCUUCAACAUCAUUGAAAAGGCCGAUAGAAUCAAAUAAUUCAACAUCAAUAAAAAAAAAACAAAAAAAAACAACAAAAAUACGGCCUAUGAACACACAAACAACAAUACUGCAAUAUUUUAGUAAAAUUACAAAAAAAAUCGUUGCUCCACCUGCACCAUGUUCAAAAGAAACUAACGUACUAUCAAGAUACGAUGACGAUUGUUCAAUUAUCUCAUGCUUACCAUUACAUGCUCAAUCGAAUACUAAUGAUAAAACUUCAUCAGCACCACCAACAAAUUCAUUAUCAUCAUCAUCAUCACACAUACAAGCAUCGACUAUAUCCUCAUCUUGCUCAUCAUCUUCCACGGAAUUAACAUCAAAGUAUUUCCGAAAUCGUUUCAUGCCUCGACCUAUUCCACGAAUUGCUCGCGUAUCAAACUCUACACCACUUCAACGACUUCAGCAGCAACAAAUAUCUCAUGAAAACGCACAGAACAAUUCCUCAUAA